UUAUUACUCCCAGGGGAGGACGUGUUUUGAAUCGCCAAUAGAAAUUAUUUUCCGAAGAACAUCACCUUCAAGGAUCACGGGUCGACUCCGACUGCCUCCAUCCAUCUUUGAUCAGACGUGGACUUUGGCGUGUGAAAUGCAAUCACAUCUCGCGCUCCCGUCGUUUGAGGCAGAACACGAGGAAUUUGCAUCCAGCCAUGUACGGUCAUGCCAUAAUAGCAUUGAGAGCUACAGCUCCAUGGCAGGCCUCGAUUCCCACCAAACCGCGAACCAGUGAAACAACGGAAAGAUUGAUCCAGAAUAUCAUCUGUGUGAACGCCAGCAGCCAGACUUUUAGCCAAAAGACACCCACGGCUUCAUUGCAUUACGCUGCCCAGAGCGGAAAAAAGGGGGUUAACUACGGGGACAUAAUGUUUAUUCCGCCAAGUACAGUGGGGGCACAGCACACCCGCUCGAGGCUCAACGAUGUCAUUGAAGGGCUUCUCAUUGCAGACCGUGCGGAGGAUGCGCUAAUAGUUACAUGAUGAGGAUGGGGGUGUACGGCAUUGAUAGAGAUCGUGAGGCAGAGACGUGCUAAAAGGUGUUUUUUUCUCUGCCUCGAACAGGAGCUGGUUAUGGAGCAAAACCCUCCAAGUGAACCGUUCCAAUGUCGGUUUACUGGGUGGCUUUUGCUAUUACUUAACUACAUACAAGUGCUUAAGUUAGGUCUUAAAUAGUACGCGGGGAGGUAGAUGGGUCGUUUUUCGGAGGGCCACCAAUUUCAAUCAAAGGGUCAUAGCAAAAGGGCAUGUAGAGACGAUGACAGAA